CUCUGCAGUUGACAAGGUGACGGAAGUACUGGAUAGAGCUGAUUUCUUUCUGGAGCUCUUUUUCUAUCAUCAACUUAAUCGGGCCAAACCUGUCUUUGAACGGUCUUCGUUAUUUUCGCCAGUAUCCUGUGCAAAACUGCACAAGAAGCAAAUGAUUACAAUGCUCUAUUUCAACUGUUUGGAUAAGUGUCCUCUCCCAACCUGUUGCUGCUUUCCGCUAUCAUUGCCACAGUCCGCUCACUUGAUAGUUUCUCUCGGCACAAUGUCUCUAGUGCCCUAUCCCAUGCGGGUGCAUGGAUCAUCAUCCGCCAUGAAGUUUUUCAUACUUACUAAUUCUUGUCUUUUGAUGUCGUCUGGUGUUGUAAUUUUCCCCUUCUUAAAACUGAACAACCCGGAAUACCAACGUCAUUAAAACGUUGCAAAAUUUGACUGUCUCCUGUGCUCGAGCAAAACAUGCCAUCCCUCACCCGCACUGUCC